AUGGACAAAUUGCGUCGGGCUUUGAGUGGAGACGAGUCUGUCAGCGGUGACGAUGAAGAACAGGGAUUCGCCGCUCAGAUAAACUCUGCCACAACCCUCAGUUGGUCCACUCGUAUCCAAGGGUUUGCCGUUUGUUUUGUGUUGGGGUUUGUCUUCUCUAUCUUGGGAUCGGCUUUAAUAGCGUUACCGAAAGGCUUACUAUUGUUUGCCAUGUUUUAUACCAUCGGUAACUUGACAUCAAUGGCCAGCACAAUGUUCUUAAUGGGACCCUUCCGUCAGCUCAAGAAGAUGUUUAACGAGACGCGAGUGUUGGCCACUAUCGGGGUCUUUGUGUUCAUGAUUUUAACCCUUUUAUCUGCCCUUUGGUGGAAGAGAGCUCUUCUAGCCGUCAUCUUCUGUAUCCUUCAGUUCCUGGCAUUCAUUUGGUACUCCUUGUCAUACAUCCCUUACGCCAGAGAUAUGGUGCGCAAAACCAUCACCUCUUGUGUUUGAAUAUCAUUUAUAUUCAAAGCAAUCGUUUAUUUGAAUACUUUUGUGCCUUAAAUAUGACACAAAAACGCUAUUAUAAUAAAUAUAGAUUUUUAAACUAAACAUAUGAUUGGAUUUUAGUUAAUCAAAUCUGUUUCAUACGGAAUCUCACAACAGUUAUCAUUUAUGAUUAACUUAUUAUAAUUCAAAAUUAGCUUACCGGUAUAUUUGAACGUUACGUGUUACCGUAUUACAAUAUUUUAAUACUUUGCAAAGAAUUUACUCAAAUUCUGGCUAAAUUUUUGAUAAUACUUUUUAAUGUAUACA